ACGACAUAUCAAUAUCAAGACAGCCUUCCAAAGUUACCCAUACCUCCCUUGGAAGAGACUUUACAAAGAUACUUAUCUGUCGUCAAGCCUCUUCAGAUAGAGAAGGAUCAUUUGCAAACUAUCUCUGCAGUGGAACAAUUCCUUCAAAAUGAAGGUCCAAAACUUCAAGAAAAACUUCAAAGCUAUGCUACUGAUAAAUCCAGCUAUAUAGAAGAAUUUUGGUAUGAUUCUUAUCUCAAUUAUACCGAUCCCGUGGUCCUUAACUUGAAUCCAUUCUUUGUUUUGGCGGAUGAUCCAACUCCUGCAAGAAACAACCAAGUUUCUCGUGCUGCUUCAUUGAUACACUCAUCUUUGAAUUUCAUCCAUGCAUUGAGAACUGAAACGUUGGAACCUGAUAUGUUUAGAGGAAAACCUCUAGACAUGUCGCAGUUUCAACGUAUGUUUGGAACUGCUCGUUUACCAACCGAAAAUGGUUGUAAAAUGAAUACUGAUAAUGAAUCUAGGCAUAUUGUUGUUUUAUGUCGUGGUCAAUUUUAUUGGUUUCAAGUUUUAAAUGAAAAGAAUGAAGUUGGAAUUACUGAAAAAGAAUUAAUUGCCAAUUUAAAAACAAUAAAACAAGAUGCCCUUGAUUUACCGAAUGUUGAAAUAGCGAAACAAGCUGUAGGAAUUCUCUCCACUGAAAAUCGUAGAGUUUGGGCUGAACUUAGAGUUAUGUUAGAAAAGUCAUCAGAGAAUACCGAUUUUUUAAAAGUGCUUGAUUCGGCAUUAUUCGUUGUCUGUUUGGACGAAGUAUCUCCUAAAACUGGUGAUGAACUAGCAACUAACAUGCUUUGCGGAACAUAUGAAAUACAAGAAGGUGUACAAGUUGGUACCUGUGCUAAUCGGUGGUAUGAUAAAUUACAAAUUAUUGUAUGUGAAAAUGGUUCAGCUGGAGUAAAUUUUGAACAUACAGGUGUUGAUGGACAUACUGUUUUACGUUUCGUUUCCGAUAUCUAUACCGAUACAAUAUUUCGCUUUGCGUCGACCAUUAGUCCUCAUAAUUCAAUAUUUCCUGGAAGUUUACAAGGCAAACCAAAGAAUUCAAAUGGUGUCAGUCCUAUUGAUAACAUGCCAAAAAAACUUGAAUGGAUAUUAACUCCUGAAAUACGCACUGGAAUUAGAUUUGCCGAAACAAGAUUAAGUGAUCUUGUUCUGCAAAACGAGGUUCAAGUUCUUGAAUUUGAAAAAUAUGGAAAAAGUUUUAUUACAAGUUGUAAUAUGAGUCCGGAUGCAUUUGUACAAAUCGCUUUUCAAGCUGCUUAUUACGGCCUAUAUGGGUCAGUUGAAAGUACAUAUGAACCUGCUAUGACUAAGGCAUUCCUCCAUGGUCGUACAGAAGCGAUUCGUUCCGUAACAGCUGAAUGUGUUGAUUUUGUUAAAUUUUGGUGGACUGAUUCACCAGCUUUGGAAAAACUUGAACUUCUCCGAAAAGCACUUCAAACUCAUGUGAAUUUGACAAAGAUGUGUGCACAAGGAUUAGGCCAAGAUAGACAUUUAUAUGCAUUGCUGUGUGUUUGGCAAAGGGAAACUGGUAGAACCCCUGAUAGUGAAGAAAAGAUGCCUUCGAUAUUUAAAGACUCUGGUUGGCAAACAUUGAAUCAUACCGUUCUUAGUACAAGUAAUUGUGGGAAUCCUGCAUUAAGAUUUUUCGGAUUUGGUCCCGUAGUUUCUGAUGGAUUUGGAAUUGGUUAUAUUAUUAAGGAUGAUGGAAUUGCUUUUUGUGCAUCUUCCAAACAUAGACAAACGCGUCGCUACCUUCAAACUUUGGAAAAUUAUCUUAAUGAUGUACAUUUACUACUCCGAUCUGAAAAACGUAUACCUGGAAUUGCUAAUUCUAAACAUGAAAAACGCAUUAGUUUGCUUUCAGGGUAUGGUUACUUUGAUGCUGGUGGUAUUGAUCAAUUACUUGAGCAUCGAUUAGAAGAAAAGAGAGGGGGUAUCAAAUCGGUUGGCAAGGCAUUAAAAUUG